UUGAGCACUGAGUUUGGCUUUGCCGUCGCCGGCUACUUUGCCCGGUGUUUUUCGACCGCGAAGUGCGCGAAACGCUAAUUUUGCUGCGGUGUCGGCGGUGUUGUUCCGUGUUGCUGACUUCGCUCAAUGCGAAGAUGUCGUUCACGUGCGAAAACACGCGCGUGAUGCGGGCCAUCCGCGAGUUCUCCGAUAUGUUCGCUGUCGAGCGAUCGUCGGACGCCAGCACCGAGGACGGAACGGCGGUUCGCCACCUUGACUUCAGCCCAAACAUCAACGGGAGACGAAGUGACAGCCUCGCCGACAUUAAGCCCGCGUCAGUGAUUAACGCAGCAGAGGUGGACUCGCUGAAGGCGGAACUCCUGGCCUCCAAGGCAGAGAUCAGCCGCCUGACACUGGAGCUGUCGCAGAGCGAGCCCGCACGCAAGGUGCUGCUCGUCUGCCAGGCGAGGGAGGUGGAUGAGCUCAAGGAAAGCCUCCAGAAGGAGACGGACAAGGGGCACGAGCUCAAGCGGCAGGUAGUUCGUCUGCUGGAGCAAGAGGCGACGCUGCGGGCCGAGCUCUCGCGUCUGAAGCAGAGGACCGCUCGGCAGAGCGCCGACCUCCAGGAUCAGCUGCGCCAAUCGCAAGCGCACUGCCUCGACCUCCAGUGUCAGCUCGACGAGAAGACCGAACUGGCCGAAAACACCAGAGUCACCUUGAAAGCGGAAGUGCACAGGUUGACCAUGAGCCAAGUGUCCCUUUCCUCCUCGCUUCAAGAGACCAGGGAACAACUUGAUCUGCUCAUGAGGCGUUCCGGGGAGAAAGAGGCUGCCAUCACACGUCUGCAAGACGAGAAUGCAGACCUCCGAAAGCUGGAAGCACGUGCCAAGGACCUGCAGCGGAGGCUGGACGAGCUGAAGGAGGCGGAGUCCCUGGCACGCAUCAUGAAGGAGGAGCUGAAGAGGCUGCCCUGCGUCGAGAAGGAGCUGGCACAGCUGCAGGAGGAGGUGAAGCUCCACAGACGAGCGCGGGCCAACGUGCAGCUGGUCCAGGAGCAGAUGCUGUCCCUGAAGGCAGACGCCGGCCGGACGGAGGAGCUCCAGCAGACGUGCAGCCGCCAGCAACUGGAGCUGGAGCAGCUCCGGCACAAGCUCGGCCUGUGGCAGUCCCUGGCUGGGGAGCCCCACAGACUCGGGAGCCCCACAGCAGUGCUGCAGUGUCUGGCUGACCUAAGACGAUCGGAGUUAGCGCUGACCGAACGUCAGUCUAAGCUCAUGGCUGAGAAUGAGACGUUGCGGGGCAAGGUGGACACCAUGGGACAAGAGCUGCGGCGAGCCAAUGCAAAGCUGGUCCAUCUGCAGACGCAAGCGGACGAACAGACGGCGUUUACGCGGCGAAUGCAGAGGCGCCUGCUGCUUCAGGGAAAGGAGCGGGAGGCCUAUCGAGCCUUGAUGGACAGCUACCAGAGUGAAGCCGGGCAGCAGUGGCCGGCCGCCGCCGCCAAGCAGAUCCAGUCCCUGGAAGCGGUCCUGGCCGACUACCGACACAGCCUGGACCAGGUGGAGAAGGAGCUAGAAGACCUGCGAAACCGACGACAGUUGUCCAGUUCCUGCAGAAGUGAUGCCGAGUCACAAACUGACCAAGUCAAAUUUGAAAACUCGGAAAAUGGGGGUGCAUCCGGACUGCGGAUAGUCCACUUUGUGGAGAAUCCGCUCGAGGUCGCAUUCCGAGAGCGACUGGAGUCCGUCUCUCGCCUCGAGGAGGAGAAUGACCGUCUGAGGGCGAGGGUGAAGGUGCUGGAGGAGUUUGGAUGCUCUCAGGACGUCACGGCCCAGGUGCAGCUGCGGCUGGACCAGGAUGGAUCACUGCCGGACCGCAAGAGCCUGCAGGACCAGCUGGCGUCUGCCGAGGCCAAGAACCGUCGGCUGGUGGCGGCCUUCCGCCGGACCAGCCAGGACUUCCGGCAAGGCUGCUACCUGCUCACGGGCUACCGGGUGGACGUGGUCAAGGAGGGACACUACAAGCUCACCCACGUGUAUGCCAACUCGCCCGACGACUAUCUCCUCUUCCAGAACGGUGAGAGCAGCAUGAACGUCUUGGAGACGGACUACCUGAAGCGGCUGAGCUCCCUGGCGGAAGAGUACCUCGCAAAGCACGACAGCGUUCCGGCGUUCCUCAGCGCCCUCACGCUCGAGCUGUUCGCGCAGAGGAGCACGGCACAGGCGGCCACGCGGCAGUCACUUUCCUCUACCUGACCAGCCCUUGCCGACAAAAGGCUGCCGAAACGAAGCCGGCAAGGAGGGGAGAAGAACGCCGCGUGGUUCGUUGGACGGCAUUGCAUUUUCAAAUAAAUGCAGCCGUUCAUUUGUUUGUA